AUGCCGAAGACACUAGAGGACCUGCAGUCGGAGCUCUUGGAACUCGUUGCUCAAACCCUAGCGAAAACGGACCUCAGCAAUCUGCGCCAGGUCAGUCGAGAAUGCUAUGUCAAAACCGACCGGGUCUGGGCUUCCGCUCACUUCACCACUCUCAGACUCGUGCUUGGGUUUGACCAAAGUCUUCAACGAGGACUUGAAAUCAGCAGGAACCAUCAAUUCGGCCGCCUGGUACGGGACAUCAAGAUCCUCACCGAUAGAUUUGAUGGUGGAGAAGAUAUUGCUGAUGCCACAACGAUGCUGGAAGGACAGCAUAUCUGGAGAUUCUUUGAAGUACAAUAUAGCCAGAUAGAGAUGAAAAAGUAUGGCCGCGAUCUCUUAUUUCUCGGGACCAUCUUUUCAGGACUGGAGAAUGCUCGGACCAUGAGGAUCGCAACGGCUACAGUGAAAGACGCCGGAGAGGACGACGAGCCUCUGGUAGUUGGUUUCCCCCAUUGCCAUGCUCUGCUGGAUGUCCCGACGGGCUCUAGCUCUUACUCUCUCACGACGAUUUUUGAUGCGCUCUGUUUCAGUCAACUUAGAAUCAGCUGCCUACAAAUUGAUUCAAACGACAUGAUGCUCAACAUGAUUGGGUGUAUGAGCGAGCGUCAAUACGAACUGUGCCUCUCGGUGUUCGAGCAUCUCAAGAUUUUGAGCUUGAAGUUCGUAGUCGGCGUGGAGGAUCAUGUCAAUUGGUAUUUUGGUGUGGACGAACUACUUGGCGCGGCUUUGGAGAGUGUAAACAGACUGGAACAACUCACAGUGGACUUCAGGACCUAUCCUCGGGACGACGAACCAAGCGAGCUUUCGUAG